AAAUAUUUUCCUUGAAAGAAUCCAACUCCGAUGCAGGCUCACAAUUCUCGUUGUGCAUCUGUCUUUAUUGGAUCUGGCUUGUGUAUUCAUUUUGUUGCGUUGUAUUAUAGUAUUGGAUUAGGCCCAUUACAUCGCAAGACUGUAGCUACUUUUUGAAACAAGCUUGUACAAAGCAAAGCAAAGCAAAGCAAAGCAAAGCAAAGCAAAACAGAAUGAAUACGACUCCUUUUCCCGAAGACAGUAUGCACAACAUGAUCAUUACUCCCGAUGAGCACCCCGGCCACCACUUUCGUCGUGCCAGCCGCCUUCCUCGAGCCCCGCACCACAAUUCCCGCCAAUCGGUAUCCAUGCGAGACUUGACCUCCGCCAGCAGCAUGAUCUCCGAGGACAGCAGCAGCACAAUGAGCAGCGAUGAUGCCCCCUCGACCCCUCCGACAACCCGGAGAGGAAUGUUCACGUCCCCUCCCGAGGUGCCUCGUCAUGGUCGUCCCAUCAAUCGGCGGCUCUUUCUCCAAGAAGCACAGGAACGAUUGUCACUCCCGGACCUGUUUGCGCCUCGUCCCACCCCCAACAAUGCUCUCCCCCGCAGGACUCGCAUGAUGCAACAGCGUCAUGUACGUUGUCGGCCCUCGAUUGUGGAACUCCAGCCUCGAACAGUGUCCUUUUGCGAUUCCUUUGAGGAUCAUGAAAUGGAACACAUCGGGCAGGGGCACAGAAUGUCUCUAAGGUCGAUCUAUGGCACCAAUCCAGCCGAGUUUUAAAAGGAGAGCAAGGCAAGAGGAGGGGUCGAAGAUCACACACACUACCAGCCAUGAAGCCUCGUCCAUUCUUUGUACUGUUCAUUCCCUCAAGAACUGCAUUCCUCCAAUCCCUUGUCGCUCUCCUCUCAACAAAAAGCUGGUACAUCGAUGUUGUCGGUAGACAAAUUUUGGGUUGGCUAGAGAUGACCGACUGAGAGAGUUCGAGAGAGAGCAAUGCUGAAACAUUUACAUGCUACAUAUAUCGCUAUAUAAACCACCUAUUCAUAGAGCAAAUUUCCAAAGAGUUU